AUGAUGCUAUUUAGAAAAUUUGCACAGCCAUUACAGAGCUUAAAGAAAUGUCCACACUUCUGUGACAACAGAUACUUCUGGGGAUGGUUGAAUACAGUGUUUAACAAAGUAGAUCAUGAACGAAUAAAGGCUGUUGGUCCAGACAGAGCAGCAUCUGAAUGGCUCUUGCGUUGUGGAGCACUGGUACAGUUCCAUGGUCAAGAAAAAUGGCAACAGGACUACAAUAAUCUUCCAACUGGUCCUUUAAACAAAUACAAGAUAAAAGCAAUUGAUGCCACUGACUCUUGUAUUAUGCACGUUGGAUUUGACUACUUGGAGGGCCUAGAACAUCUGGAAAAAAUAAAGCUCUGCAAAUGUCAUUAUAUUGAAGAUGAGUGUUUGGAGAGGCUUAGUCAUAUUAAAAACUUACAGAAAAGCAUGUUAGAGUUGGAAAUAAUUUCCUGUGGGAAUGUCACAGAAAGGGGUAUAAUUUCAUUGCAUCACCUAAGAAACCUUCAAUAUUUGUUGCUACAGGACCUUCCUGGAAUAUCAAACAAAAACAAUGUUAGUGAUAUCUUUCAGAAUUCAUUACCUUCUCUGAAGCUAAAAUUAGAACUCAAGUAAAAAAAAAAUCCAAAAAAUUAACAAUAAUACUUUAUUUCACUAGUUCACUUGUAAUCUAUGAAUAGGGUGAACAAAAAAAAUGAGGAAAUAUCUUUUGAAAUUGCUAUGUCUAAGAGAGUUGAGAUUCAAAAGUUAGAGACAAGUCACUAAUAGGACAACAUUAAUGCGUUUUGUGAAUUUUUGGUGUGGCAGAAGGGUUGCAGAGUCUGUUAUAUACGGAAAUGCAAAACACUCAGAUCACACUUAGGAAGGUUGUUGAUUUGAAAGUGAGAAUAUAUGUACAUAAAAAUGAUUUUAUUUGAGAAAAUGCAAAGCAUUAUUGCACAGUAAUAUAUAUCUCAAAGAAGCUAUAGAAUUGUUCACAACAGUUUUAAAAUAUGCAAUAUAGCUAUUCCUUAUUCUGCCCUUUAAUCAUUUGAAUUUCAUUAUAACAACUUAUGACUGAAUUCAAUAUAAAAUCUACACUAAUAAGAUUUUGAAAACUAUAUUGUACAUUUCUUCAAGCAGUGUGGGAAGGGAAGGCAGCUGAACAAUGACUAUAGUCUUCUGUUUUUCUUAGCAUGUGUUUUAUACUGCAUGCAUCAAAUCAUUCACAUCAUGUCAUUUGAUUGGAGUUUUUGAAGUUAUGCUGACUUCCAGUGCCUAUUGCUCCACCCAUACCACACUUUUAGAAUGUGAAGAAUCGCCUAUUGAUUUAUUGUAAACUUGGGGUUUUCUUGAAGAAAGAUGUACUUGGGUAGUCAAAAGUUCAAAUUGCUCUAAAUAAAUAGAGAAGAUAACUAUCAUGAAGAUUAAAGAUUAUAAGAGUAGCACUAUUAAAGUUGUCAUAAAUAGAAUUGCAUUAUUAUAUAGGAAGCUUUAAUUUGUUGAUUAGAAAUCUUUUUUUUUCUCCUUGCUUUUGCUAUUGGCCACUCUUCCCUUUUGAUCUGAGCUGUUAAGAUAUCAAAAAGAGGAUUAGGUCCAAACAACUCAAUAAUUUAUCUAGAAAACAAGA